CGGACUUGAGAUCAGGCCUGUUCGUUGGUUGGAACUUCUGUACUGUGUGUGGCUCUGCUGGCCAAGGCUGUGAGUGAGAAGGAACCCGUCGAGAGCGCGUGUGAGAGGACACUGAAGAGUGAAGACUUCCAUCGAUCGCUGUGGUGGCAUCUCAUGGUGGUUGUGGGUUCAUUUCAUCAAGCUUGGGCACGGACCGCGAUAGCCAGGAGAAGUGGGCGUUUUGAAGGACCUGUUUCCCGGAGAGCAUCAACGAUAGCGACGACGACGACGAGGAUUUUUUUUUCGGGAUUGAGCCCACGGUCGAUUCCCAACUCUCGUCAUGCCGAUCAAGUUCAUUUUGAUCCAAAACCGAGCGGGCAAAACCCGCCUGGCCAAAUGGUACACCAGUUUCGAGGCCGAGGAGAAGCAGAAGCUCAUCGAAGAGGUUCACGCCUUGGUCACGGUGCGGGAUGCUAAGCACACGAAUUUUGUGGAGUUCCGUAAUUUUAAGAUCAUAUAUCGGAGAUAUGCCGGUCUCUACUUCUGCAUUUGCGUGGACGUGUCCGACAAUAACUUAUUUUAUUUGGAGGCCAUCCACAACUUUGUCGAGGUUCUCAAUGAAUACUUCCACAACGUUUGCGAGCUCGAUCUGGUGUUCAAUUUUUACAAGGUCUACACGAUAGUUGACGAGAUGUUUUUGGCCGGAGAAUUGCGCGAGACCAGUCAGACCAAAGUAUUAAAACAAUUACUCAUGUUGAAUUCGUUGGAAUAAGUUAUGUGGGUCCGAAGGCACACGCGCAUACUCUACAUAUUGGAUCAAUCCAGGAAUGAAUAAUAAAAACAUUACACCCGUUCA